GCUGUCUGUUUUCAGUAGUCUGAGUCGAAGAGAGGAAGAAAAAUGGCGGCCGCGACGGAUCCGAAGCAGGCCAUCGGCUAUUGGCUUUGAGCUUUCUUACUCAAAGAGAGACCGGGGCUUUACGGGACUUCUUCUUUGGAAUCUACGCAAGUCAAGCUUUCUGGCGGUACCGGUUUUUCUAGGUUCUGUGGAGACUAAAUAAACGCAAAAAUUGAAAAAGAAAAUAAUAGAUUUCAUAUAUAAUGAGGGGGAGAAGAGGCAGGCCGCCCAAAACCCUGCUGAUGCAGGAGCCAUCCUCCGGCUCGGAGCGUGGCUUGAGACCCAGGAGGGGGUUGAGGGCAAAGGGUAGAGGUAGUGCUGAAGUCGAUUCCGAGAGUCCCAAGAGGGGAAACAAUCCUUCAACAAGGGGCAAGAGGAAAGUGGGAUCUACGGUAUCUCGCGGUAGGGGAAGAGGCAGGGGUGGUGGUGGCGGCAGAGGAAGGGGCAGACGGUCAAUCGCUAGGUCUGUGGUUUAUGAUGAUCAUGAAAGUGAUGAAGAUGAUGAUGCUGUGAGUUUAAGAUCUGAGGAGGACGAGCUCAUAGAGGAAGAGCCGAUAACGGACGAGGAAGAAGAGGCCCUCAAUGAGGAGUCAGACCCGCUUGAGGAAAUACUAGAGGAUGAUGAUGAUGCCAGCUACUGUACUGAGAGCAGCUUUCGGAGUCAGAGCACUCAUGGCAGUACUCCUGGGCGCAGAAGGACGCGGGUACACCGCCCACGCUCACCCAUCUUUGAGGAAAAAGAGAUCCCUCCUCUUGUGCUGCCUAGAUCCUCGGAGGACCUCAUGGUUCCCAGUGAGGAGCUGCUUAACGUCUCCUCCAUCUACGAGGUGCUGCGGAACUUCAGCGCAGUGCUGCGCCUUUCACCCUUCCGCUUCGAGGACUUCUGUGCUGCCCUGGUGAGCCAAGAGCAGUGCACGCUGAUGGCGGAGACCCACACAGCUCUGAUGAAAGCCAUCCUGCGCGAGGAGGAUACCUCCAACACCACAUUUGGCCCUGCCGACCUUAAGGACAGCGUCAACUCCACCCUCUACUUCAUCGACGGCAUGACGUGGCCCGAGGUGGUGCGUGCCUACUGCGAGAGCGAUCAGGAGUACCAUCACGUCCUGCCCUACCAGGAGAUCGAGGACUACCCCUUCGGCCCACUGGACAGUAAGAUCAAGGUAUUGCAGUUCCUGGUCGACCAGUUCCUCACCACGAACAUCGCACGCGAGGAGCUGAUGUCGGAGGGCGUGGUGCAGUAUGAUGACCACUGCAGGGUGUGCCACAGGUUAGGGGAUCUGCUUUGUUGUGAGACCUGCUCUGCUGUCUACCACCUCGAGUGCGUAAAGCCGCCGCUGGAGGAGGUGCCGGAGGAUGAGUGGCAGUGUGAGAUCUGUGCGGCGCACAAGGUGCCCGGCGUGGUUGACUGUUUGACGGAGAUGCAGAAGAACAAACCCUAUAUCCGCCAGGAACCCAUUGGCUACGAUCGCCACCGGAGGAAAUACUGGUUCCUGAACCGGCGGAUAGUUGUUGAGGAGGACGGGGAGCAGGACAAGAAAAACAUCUGGUACUACAGCACAAAGGUCCAGCUGGUGGAACUGAUUGACUGUCUGGACAAGGAGUACUGGGAGAACGAUCUCUGUGCUGUCCUUGAGGAGAUGAGGGAGGAGGUGCACACUCACAUGGACAUCACUGAGGACCUCACCAACAAGGCCCGUGGCAACAACAAGACCUUCCUCACAGCAGCUAACGAGGAGAUCCUGGAACGUGUGCAGUCCAAGCAGGAGCGUCCGACGGGGGAGCAGGCAGGAGUGGCAGAGCAGGCAGGAGCUGACGACAGCUCAAAUACGAACUCCACCAAGACUGACCGUGAGACCCCCCCAGAGUCCUCUGCACGACCAGACCACGGAGCGCUUAAAGACUCACAGUCCAAAGAGGAGCCCAGCUCACAAGCUAGAGCUCCUGCUGCUGGAAAAGAUAGCACCACCAUCCAUCCUGAGCCCCCUGUGUCUGGCUCAUCUACCCAGGACCACACUCUCCCUAAACCUGAAUCCCCUAAGCCUGCUGAGGUGUCUCGCUCGGCCCCCUCUGGGAGCGGGGAGAGUGGGGAGGUGCCCAUGGAGCCUGAGCAACAGAGGCCAGAUAAUAAGCCAGUAGACUCAGAGUCCCGCGGAGACCCUCCACCCCCGGUCCACCCUCCAACACAUACCGCAGCGGAGAACAGCAACAGCAGCCACACCUCAGUGCCCGGGGGCCUCCGGGGGCCGGCAGAGCCCAACGCUGUCGACGGGUCGUCUCAGGUCUCCAUCAGCAGCCAGGAAGACACUGGUGAAGACAAUGAGACAUUGAAUGAUGAGCUGUCGGGACGGGGUAACAAUCGCAUGGUGACUCGUCUGCGUAACCCGGACAGCAAGCUAAACCUGCUGAAGACCAAUGGAGACGGGAGCCCAGCACCCAAGGACAGCGUGGAGACAUCUCUUCCCAGCUCUGAGAGCGAAGCGUCCCGUUUGGGCGCUGUGAGGAAAGAAUUGGUGGGGAAGGGCAACCUGAACGGUUUCUUCAAGCUAGGACAGGAGGGCAAGUAUCGUGUCUACCAGAACCAGUACAGCACCAACCCACUGGGCCUCAACAAGCACCAACAUCGCGAGGACCACGACAAGCGCCGCCACCUCUCCCACAAAUUCAGCCUGACUCCCGCCGGGGAAUUCAAGUGGAACGGCUCCAUCCACGGCUCCAAGGUGCUGACCAUCUCCACCCUGCGGCUGACCAUCAUCCAGCUGGAGAACAACGUCCCUGCCCCCUUCCUGCACCCCAACUGGGCCUCGCACAGGAACAACUGGAUAAAGGCGGUGCAAAUGUGCAGUAAGGCUCGGGAGUUUGCCUUGGCGCUGGCUAUCCUGGAGUGUGCGAUCAAACCUGUGGUAAUGCUCCCGGUCUGGAAAGACUCACUUGGACACACCCGGCUCCAUCGCAUGACUUCCAUUGAGAGGGAGGAGAAGGAGAAGGUGAAAAAGAGAGAAAAGAAACUGGAGGAUGAGGAGACAAUGCAGCAGGCCACCUGGGUGAAGUACACCAUCCCCAUCAAACACCAGGUAUGGAAGCAGAAGGGGGAGGAGUAUAGGGUGACAGGGUACGGGGGCUGGAGCUGGAUCAGUAAGACUCAUGUCCAUCGCUUCGUCCCUAAGCUACCAGGGAACACCAAUGUUAAUUACCGUCUAGCACUUGAGGCCGCUAAACCUACCAAAGGAAAUGCGGCGUCCGGCCCUAACAAACGAAAAGUGCUGCCUAAAGCAGUGAUAAACUCGGAAACCCAUGAAAAGAAAGUGUUUACUCCGGUUACUGAAGAAAAAGAACAGGAGCAACCCUUCACUAUGGAGUCAUCUGGAGAAGGCCGGGCAAUGAAAGAGGAGGAGGAUGAGGAGAACAUGAUCACAGAGAAGGUGGAGGUGGAGGAGAAGACUGAGGACAAGAUGGAUGUUGACCCUUCUGUAACAGAAACUUGUCUCACCGAGGAAAAAGGUAAAAAGGACAGCAUAGGUUCCUCAUCAGCUACUGACUCCGGUGUGAAGGAGGAGUACAGGGAAGGAGACAAACCCAAGCAGGAGGACUCCAAGGCCCAUCUUCGCCCAUUCAACUGGGAUGUUGUCAACGUCAGCGAGGGCUUCCAGCUCCGCACGGCCUACAAGAGGAAGGUGAAGACGUCCAAGCUGGAUGGGCUUUUGGAGCGCAGAGUGAAGCAGUUCACCCUGGAGGAGAAGCAGAGGCUUGAGCGGCUUAAACAGCAGUCAGCCCUGGCCAAACACACCGUCUCCAAAGAGAGAAUCCAUACAGGGACUUCUGCCGCUGUCAGAACUGACGCUUAUACGGCAAACAGAAAGCUAGAGGAGUUAGCAGCAACACCUUCCCUUAGUCUGAAAGCUGAGGGGCAGGCAGAGCCAGUAGUUAAAGACUCUGUAGUUAAAAGGCUGAGCUUUGACCAGGAGCAGCAAGUAAAAUCCAAAACCUCAGGAGAGACUGAUAACCUGGAUGUCAGAUUAGGUUCUGUGUGUAAUCCACCAGCAGCAGGAGCCUCCGGUCUUACACUCGGUGUUCAGGGAAAUGGUUCAUCACAAAUGGAGCUGAAUGGGACCUCCCAGAAGAGCAUAGAGCUUAGUGGUAAAGCCAAUUCCACAUCUAAAGAACCGCCUUCAGAUGUGGCCAACCCUCCCAAGGCAGACAUGACAACAGCGGGAGAGAACGGUAAAAUGCAGGGUUACAAGCAGUUAGAGCAGGACAGUGGACAGAGGGAUAAUGAAAUCCUGGAGGUUAUUCAAAGCAAAGCCAAUCCAGCGCAGGUGAACGGGAAAGAAGUGGUUGACAACAAGGCUCCUGUGCACACAAAGAUGCACUUAGACAGCAGAGUGGAAAACAAGACCCUGCUAAAGACAUUAGACGACGAGAUCAAAGCACUGCCAGUGAAGGAGCCUGUAAAGUCUCUUAUGAAUGGUACCAUCCCGCAGGACGGGUUAAAGGUCAGCAGCUCUGUGUUAGCCACCAACACAGCCAUGGCAGAUGUAGAAAAGGUUGUGGUGUCCGAGCUUGACUACCGGCCUCCUCAGAAGGUUGCCAGAUUGGAAAAUAAUGGCAAAAUACUGGCCGACUCCACAGUCACUUCGUCACUUUUGGGUCCGACCCCUGGUGUGGUCACUGUGUGCAACAGCAACACAUCUGAGCCAGUGGAUAUUGGGCCAACAGCACCAAAUAACAUCAACCCACCCCCUAUCCCCUCUGCAGAGGGCUCCAGCUCGAGUAACGACACCACAGAGAACCACAGUAGUGGGUCCGUGAAGACUGUUUCCCAGACCACCACCACCACCGUGUCCACAGAGUCCCGCACAGUGCAGAUCGCCCACGUCUCCAGCAGCAGCAAGCCCUCGGAGAGCCGAGCUGUGUCCACCCUCACCACCAUGACCAAGACCACCACCACCACCCGGGUCAGCUGCCCAGCCCUCGGGGCUGCCGUCUCCCAGGAGACCAAGACCGUUGUCACGGCAACAGUGACCGACGCCAAGUCUGGCCCUUCCGGCACUUUGGUCGCAUCCAUGACAGUCAGUAAGGAGUACUCCACCAGAGACCGUGUCCGGUUGCUUAAGUUCUCACGCUCCAAGAAGACGCGCUCGGGCACUGCGCUGCCCUCCUACCGCAAGUUUGUCACCAAGAGUAGCAAGAAAAGCAUCUUCGUGCUGCCCAACGAUGACCUGAAGAAGCUGGCAAGGAGAGGGGGGAUUAGAGAGGUGCCAGUCUUCAACUAUAAUGCUAAGCCAGCCAUGGACAUCUGGCCCUACCCUUCACCCAGACCGACCUUCGGAAUCACAUGGAGAUACCGUCUCCAGACGGUCAAGUCCCUGGCUGGGGUUAGUCUGAUGCUGCGGCUGCUUUGGGCCUGUCUGAGGUGGGACGACAUGGCCGUUAAGCCCUCCCCUGCAGUAGCAACCACCCGCACUGAAUCCUCGGAAACCGAGAUCACCACAACGGAGAUAAUCAAGCGGCGGGACGUGGGCCCGUACGGCAUCCGCUCUGAAUACUGCAUCAGGAAGAUCAUCUGCCCUAUCGGUGUUACCGAGGCUCCCAAAGAGACACCCACUCCCCAGAGGAAAGGCCUGCGGUCCAGUGCUCUGAGGCCAAAGAAGCCUGAGCCGGCCAAGCAGACUGGGCCCGUCGUCAUAGAGACGUGGGUGGCGGAGGAGGAGCUGGAGAUUUGGGAGAUCAGAGCAUUUUCUGAAAGGGUAGAGAGGGAGAAGGCCCAGGCUGCAGACCAGGUUAAGGUUAGUAGAACACUGAAGACUGCAGAGGAGGUCAAGGCGCAGUUGGAGGCUCAGCUAAAGCAGCAGAGAUUGGCUGCUCAGCAGAAACGGUUGGAGCAACAGAAGCCUAGUGCGGCCGCCACCUCCACAACCACCGCUGCCAUCUCCACCCCAACCAGCACCCCUUCUACCUCAGCGUUUGGUACCCCAGCGUCUCAGAACAGCCAGGUCACCCCAGGGACUAAACUGGUCGUGGCCACCAAGCUGGGGAAACCUGUCACAUUCCAGCAGAACAAGAACUUCCAUCAAUCUUUUGCUUCCUGGGUCAAGCAGGGCCAGGGCAGUCCAGCCUCCACCGGCUCGGUUGCCACGGUGACCAACAGCAUGGUCACCUCUUCUGGGCAAACGUUCCAGAUCGCUACCAGCCCAGUGUCCAUGGCUGGCCAGGUCAUCACCGCCAAGCUACCCAUCCCAGCCAACAGCAAGAUUGUCACGGUCAACAUGCCAACCACACAAGGAGGUAUGGUGCAAGUUCAGCAAAAUGUCCUGGGUAUUAUUCCAUCCAGCACCCCAGGUAACCAGCGGACCUACUCAUCAUUCCAGAACCGCACCGCCACCAUCAACAUCCGACCCAAUACGUCCACAUCCACCACCACUCAGCAGGUCAUCACCACUGGAGCCCAGAUCCGUCCGGGCAUGACGGUGAUCCGCACACCCCUUCAGCAGGGUACCCCCAUGGGCAAAACCAUCAUCAGAACCCCCUUGAUGGUGCAACAAGGUACUCUUCCAGCCAGCCAGGUCAUCCGAGGCCAGCCUGUCUCCACAGCAGUGUCCGGUCCCAGCCCUGUGCAGACCAACGCAGGCCAGCGGGUGCUGGGUACAGCCCCUUCCCCUCGCACUGGCACCCCUGCCCCAGGGCAGACCCCAGCACCCCCCACCCCCCAGGGAGCCCGGCCCCAGCAGGGCCAGGUUAAACUCACCUUGGCCCAACUCACCCAGCUAACUCAAGGGGCACAGGGAGGGAACCAGGGUCUCACGGUGGUGAUCCAGGGGCAGGGCCAGACCACAGGCCAGCUGCAGGUCAUCCCUCCGGGGGUGACGGUCAUCCCAAACCCUGGGCAGCAGUUAAUGCAGGCCGCUAUGCCCAACGGCCAAAUGCAGCGCUUCCUGUUCACCCCCGGGGCACCUGCACCGGCCCCAGCUAGUGCUUCUGUCACACCUGUCACAGCCACUGCCACCACACCUUCAGUGCCAGCUCUGUCUCAGCUUCAGGUUCAGACGCCUGCACCUCAAGCACAGGCAUCAGUCCAGCCUCCUCUAAAAGCUGUCACUCCGGUCCAGCCCCCUGCUCUCACUUCUGCGCCUCCUCCAGUCUCCACAAGUCAGACGCAGCUCCCUCAGACGCAGCUCCCUCAGACGCAGCUCCCUCAGACGCAGCUCCCCCAGACGCAGCUCCCCCAGACGCAGCUCCCCCAGACGCAGCUCCCCCAGACGCAGCUCCCCCAGACGCAGCUCCCCCAGACGCAGCUCCCCCAGACGCAGCUCCCCCAGACGCAGCUCCCCCAGACGCAGCUCCCCCAGACGCAGCUCCCCCAGACGCAGCUCCCCCAGACGCAGCUCCCCCAGACGCAGCUCCCCCAGACGCAGCUCCCCCAGACGCAGCUCCCCCAGACGCAGCUCCCCCAGACGCAGCUCCCCCAGACGCAGCUGCCCCAGACGCAGCUGCCCCAGACGCAGCUGCCCCAGACGCAGCUGCCCCAGACGCAGCUGCCCCAGACGCAGCUGCCCCAGACGCAGCUGCCCCAGACGCAGCUGCCCCAGACGCAGCUGCCCCAGACGCAGCUGCCCCAGACGCAGCUGCCCCAGACGCAAGUCCACAUCCCCCUCCAGUCCCCCCCAACCUUACCUAUGCAGCACGUGGCCCAGAUCCCAACUUCUCCACAGCAGGUCCAUAUGAAGUCUCUCUCCAUCUCCACCACCGUCUCCAAAGCCACUGUGAGGCCCAUCCAGGCCCAGGCUCAGAUAAGGCCUCAGCAGCUGCAGCUCCACCCGCAGCCCCAGCUGAUCACAGUGCCGGGGCUUCAGCAGCAGGUCCAGGUGCUGGGCACCAUCCAGUCCCAUGUGGCGGCCCAGCUCCAGGCCCAGCAGGGCGGGGUGGUGCCCCAGCAGAUCAAGCUGCAGCUGCCCAUCCAGAUCCAGCAGGCAGGGGGUCAGGUGCAGGCCCACCAGAUCCAGAAUGUGGUGACCAUCCAGACAGCCAGCGUGCAGGAGCAACUGCAUAGGAUCCAGCAGCUCAGAGAGCAGCAGCAGCUGAAAAAGAAGCAGCAGGAGGCAAAGAAAGAGCAGAGCCUGCAGGCCUCCAGCCCCGCAGACAUCAUCCAGAAACAGGUGGCGAUGAAGCAGAAUGCCGUGAUAGAACAUCUGAAACAGAGGAGAACCAUGACGCCGACAGAGCGGGAAGAAAACCAGAGGAUGAUCGUCUGCAACCAAGUGAUGAAGUUCAUCCUGGACAAGAUUGAUAAAGACGAGAAGCAGGCGGCUAAAAAGAGAAAGAAGGAAGAGUCCGUGGAACAGAAACGCAGCAAGCAGAACGCCUCCAAGCUCUCCGCGCUGCUCUUUAAGCACAAAGAGCAGCUCAAGGCUGAGAUCCUGAAGAAGAGGGCUCUACUGGACAAGGAGCUGCAGCUAGAAGUUCAGGAGGAGCUGAGGAGGGACAUUAGCCGUCUGAGGAAGGAGAAGGAGAAGGCCCAAGCAGCAGCCUCUCAGGCGGCGGCAGCCGCAGCCCAGGCAGCUUCGUCCAUCUCCCCCACCGUGGCCUUGCCUUCCUCUGCCUACAAACGCAAGAGGGACGAAGAGAGAGACUUGUCUUCCGCCAAGCCCAAGAAGAAGAAAAUGAUCUCUACUACCUCAAAGGAUCACAAAAAGGAAGUCAAGCUCUACUGUGUCUGCAAAACGCCCUACGACGAGUCCAAGUUCUACAUUGGGUGUGACUUGUGUUCCAACUGGUUCCACGGUGCAUGUGUGGGCAUCACAGAGAAGGAGGCCAAGAAGAUGGACGACUAUGUCUGCAACGGCUGCAAGCGGGGCCAGGACUCGCAGGAUUCGGAGGGCGCCACGGAGGAGCUGUACUGCAUCUGCCGGACGCCAUACGAUGAAGCGCAGUUUUACAUUGGCUGCGACCGCUGCCAGAACUGGUAUCACGGGCGCUGUGUGGGCAUCCUGCAGAGCGAGGCCACCCACAUAGAUGAGUACAUGUGCCCACAGUGCCAGUCCACAGAGGACGCCAUGACGGUCCUCACGCCGCUCACUGACAAGGACUACGAGGGCUUAAGAAGAAUCCUGCGCUCCUUACAGGCUCACAAAAUGGCGUGGCCGUUUCUGGAACCGGUAGAUCCCAAUGAUGCUCCUGAUUAUUAUGGGGUUAUUAAGGAACCAAUGGACCUCGCCACAAUGGAAGACCGAUUACAGAAACGCUAUUACAAUAAGCUCACAGAGUUCGUGGCAGAUAUGACCAAAAUAUUUGACAACUGCCGCUACUACAAUCCCAGCGAUUCGCCCUUCUUUCAGUGUGCAGAAGUUCUGGAAUCAUUCUUUGUACAGAAGCUCAAAGGUUUCAAAGCUAGCAGGUCUCAUAACAACAAACUACAGUCUUCGGCCUCUUAGAAAACCCCACAUAUUUGUCAAAAAUGCACUCAAUGAGAAUUGAGUUAAUUUCUGAACAGUAAAUCAGUCUAUGCUGGAACCUGGUUCCUGUGCUUUGGGACCACCAUCCUCUCCCUCCUGGCCCCUCUACAACCUCCCUCCCUCCAACCCCCACCCGCAAAAACAAAACAAAAAGGAAGACUCCUUGUUUCACAAGCAGCGCUACACCCACGGAACUGUCAGGUGAUGCUGCUGCUCGCCAAGCUCUGCCACAUGGACAUUUUUGCAGGGAGUUAAAAUGGAGGGUUUGAAUAAAGGCAUUUCUGGCGAAGGUUACCUCGAAGAAAAAACUUCCUAUGGACCUCUCAUGUUUAAUUUUUGUCAUUUUUUAGUUUGUUUUCAUUCUUUAUCACAUGCUCUCACGAGUUGAAGAAAUUAAGAAAAGCUCUUAUACUUCCAUGGCCAUGCUCAACAAAAAGCAUUUAUGAUGCCUGUUUGAACGUUGAAGCAAUUUGAGCCGAGUUGCACUCAGCGUAUCAGAUUGCACAGUGUGUUUUCUCCCCUCAAUCACUUUUUUGGAGGUGGUGUGAAAGAUUGAUCUCGUUGGGAUUGAUCUGCUUAAGUUGGACCUACCUGUUAUUUGGAAACCAACCGUUUGAGUUUCAGUCGAGCUGUGCUGAAAGGAGUAAAGUAUUUGGUAUAAAUUACCCAACAGUAAUAACACCCUGAGAAGGAUAAUAACACAAUGUUUAUUAGACGGUAUCCUGCCCUGUUUGUAAAACUUGUCAAAUUUUGAAUUGUUUUCUUUUUUCUUUUUUUUGUAUUACAGCUAAAUAAAUAUUGAUGUAUAUGAAACAUAAUAAAUGGAGAAGACUGAACUCUUCCACUAUUUAAA